AUGACGUCACCGACCCCACCCUGCAGACCCCGCCCCUUUCUGCAGGAACGGGGGCGUGGCCUGGCGGUGACGUCACGGCGAAAGCCCCGCCCACCCCGGGGGCGUGGCCGGAAGAUCCAUAGGGGAUGGAAUUCCUCCGGCGCCGCCUCUCGGACGGGAAUUUCCUGGCGGGGGGGAUGGGCGGGGACCCCCCCGCGGGGGGAGGGGCGGGGAGACCCCCCCGGACCCCCCCCCACGGCCCCGCUGCUGCUCGUGAUCGCCCCCCCCAGCACCGACUGGGUGAAACCCUUCAAGGGCAAAUCCGUGCACGGGGACGUGGAGCUCAGGGUGGAGCAGGCUCAGUUCUCGGAGCUCUCCUUGGCCGCCUCCACCCACGGCGCCCUCAGCGUCACCAUCGAGCCCGCCCGGGGGGGCUCCAGGAGGGUGCGCCCCGAUUUCGUGCUGGUGCGGGAGGCGCCCGAGGGGGGGGCGGGGGGCGCCCCCCGCAGGCUCCUGGCGGGGCUGCACCUGGGGGGGGUCCCCAGCACCGACCCCCUCCCCGCCCUGUACGGCUUCGCUCACCCCCCCUGCCUGUUUGCCCAGUUGGCUCGGCUGCAGCGGGAACUGGGCCAUGAGGCCUUUCCACUGGUGCCACAGCGCUUCUGCAACCGGCCCCGGGGACUGGUGACCGCCCCCACCUUCCCCAUGACGGUGACGCUCAGCCCCUCCCCCCGCCGGGAUGGGACAGGUCCGGGUUCGCUCCCCGCAGGUUCUGGCGGCGCUGGCGGCCGCCGUGGGCGGGGCGGGGGCGGGGGCCGGGGGCGGGGCCGGGGGCGCUGCUGCAGGAGGGACCCCCGGGAACGCAGCGGCUGCGGGUGCAGAGGAUCGGGGAGAGCUACCGGGAACUGCGCCCCGCCCCCGAGCAGGGCCCGCCCGAGAGCCUGAGGGCGCUGAGGCAGAGCUUCGCCAGCCUGUUCGCCGACUGAGCGCCCCGAAAAACUGCCCGGGACACCCCCAAAACAGCCCAAAACCAGCCCAAAAACAGCCCUAAAACAGCCCAAAAAACACCCCAGAAACAGCCCAAAAACAGCCCUAAAACAGCCCAAAAA